AUGGCAUCGCCGGACGAGUCCAUGAAUCCCCUCGACGCUCCCUCUCCGCCCACUGCCCCCGAAGAGAUCGUCUCACCACCCAUCGGCAGUCCAACCUCACAACGACCACCCCCACUUAGAAUGGCCUCCGACAUGACUCCUUCCGCCACCUUCUCGAACAUGUCCACCUCCUCACAACCGCUUGGCAACAUCAAUGCCGCACGAAGACCUCCGCCAAUGGCCGGACGAGGCGGAGCUGCGGCGGGAGGAUCAGACAUUGCUGCCAGGAUGCGUGCCUUCCAUCAAUCACGGCAGAACACGCCGACACCCGGUGCCGCUGGUCGGCAACCAAACACGCCCGGUGCACCUCCCGCUGGCGGCGUGGCUGCCAACCCUGGCUUCGCUGCGAACCUGCGACUACCACCCAUGCAAAGACCUGGCGCUCAGCCCGCCGCCUCAUCACCAGCUGUGCCUGGUGUCAACCCUGCUGGCAGAGGUAUGUCAUUAGCGGAGAAGCGAGGUAUGAAAAUGCCCGGUGGCCUACCGGGCGCCGCAGCAUCACCUGCGCCUGGAGCCCCUGGAGCACCUCCUGGGCGUAAGAGGCCUGGCAUGACGCUGGGUGACAUGAAUGGCGGCGCUGGACCUGCGGGAGCGAAUGGUGAGAUUCGUGGACAGCAAGAGAAGCCAAAGACAGAGAACAUGAUGGAAAAAUAUUCCGAGUUCAUCGAUACUAAGAAUGGUGCUUUGACUUUCAAGAACAAAGCUACCAUCAACGCGGAUGGAAUUGAGUUUACGAACGGCAAAUCAUUCCACAUAAGUCUGGACGAGAUCGAGACAAUGGACGAGCUCGGCAAAGGCAAUUACGGCACGGUAUAUAAGGUACGACACGCACGACCAAAAUUUCGAAAAGCAGGGCUAGGUCUUGCUGGAAACAAAGCGAUACGGACUUCUGAUCGUGCGAGCGAAGAUGAUGUCCCACCGUCACCGACGACUGCAGCAAAGGCCGGUGGAACAGGACUGGUGAUGGCCAUGAAGGAAAUGCGACUAGAACUGGAUGAUGCGAAAUUUGCCUCGAUUGUCAUGGAGCUGGAUAUUUUACAUCGAUGUAUAUCACCCUACAUUGUGGACUUCUACGGUGCCUUCUUCCAAGAAGGCUGCGUCUACAUCUGCAUGGAGAACAUGGACGGUGGCUCGAUGGACAAGCUGUACGGCGAUGGCGUGCCAGAAGGCGUGUUACGAAAAGUCACAUAUGGCGCUGUUCUGGGCCUGAAGAGUCUGAAGGAAGAACAUAAUAUCAUCCAUCGCGACGUCAAACCCACAAACAUCUUGAUCAAUACACGAGGUCAGGUGAAAUUAUGCGAUUUUGGCGUUUCGGGGAACUUGGUGGCGAGUAUUGCGAAGACGAACAUUGGAUGUCAGUCGUAUAUGGCUCCCGAACGGAUAAGUGGAGGUGGGAUGGCUUCUGCUGGAGCGGCGGGAGGAACGUACAGUGUGCAGUCUGAUAUUUGGUCGUUGGGACUUACGAUUAUCGAGUGUGCAAUGGGACGGUAUCCGUAUCCGCCUGAGACUUAUGACAACAUCUUCUCGCAAUUAUCGGCCAUCGUGGACGGCGUGCCACCAGAUCUACCAGCAGACCAAUACUCCGAAGCAGCACGAGACUUCACAGCCGGCUGCCUCAACAAGAUCCCUAAAGCACGACCCACAUACCCAAAUCUUCUUCAACACGCCUGGUUAGCACCUCUCGCAAAACCGGAAACCAUCACAGAAGAAGACGAGGACGAAGAGGCCAUCGCGGAGAAAAUGGCCGCUACUAAUAUCGAUCCGAAGGAACUAACGGCCGUGAAGAUCGACGAGGCGGAAAGGAAUCUGGAUCGCAUUUUCGACAAGGAGGUUUCGGAAUGGGUUAUUCAGGCGAUUGAUAAGAAGAAAAGGGGGGUGUUGGGGCAGCAUGCUAAGCCGGCUUUGCAUGCGGCGCCGUUGGAUGCUGUGGGGACGCCGAAGGGGGGGCAGGAGGCCGCGCCUGUGGUGGCUGUGCAGCCGGUUGCUGUUGAUGCUUGA